CAAUACAUUGACUGCUUGUGAAUCAGCCGGGUUGGGUUGGAUGAAGUGUGGGAGGAGGAAUUGUAACAGAGAUGGAACCUUACGAUGUUAUAGUCAACCAGCCAGUUGUCAUUGAUAAUGGCUCUGGAGUCAUCAAAGCAGGAUUUGCAGGGGAUCACAUUCCAAAAUGUCGGUUUCCGAACUAUAUUGGACGUCCAAAGCAUAUUCGCGUUAUGGCUGGAGCACUUGAAGCUGACUUGUUUGUAGGACCUAAAGCUGAAGAGCACAGGGGAUUGUUAAGCAUAAGGUAUCCAAUGGAACAUGGAAUUGUUUCUGACUGGAACGAUAUGGAAAGGAUUUGGCAAUAUAUCUACAGUAAAGAUCAGCUAAAUACAUUUGCUGAAGAGCAUCCUGUGCUGUUAACGGAGGCACCACUAAAUCCUAGGCGUAACAGAGAGAAGGCAGCAGAAAUAUUUUUUGAAACAUUUAAUGUUCCAGCAUUAUUUGUUUCAAUGCAGGCUGUGCUUAGUUUGUAUGCAACAGGACGCACAACAGGUGUUGUUUUGGAUGCAGGAGAUGGUGUUACUCAUGCAGUACCUAUAUAUGAGGGAUUUGCCAUGCCUCAUAGCAUAAUGAGGGUAGAUAUAGCUGGAAGAGAUGUAACUAGGUACCUGAGGUUAUUGUUGCGGAGAGAAGGUGUUAAUUUUUAUACAACUGCUGAAUUUGAAAUAGUGAGAACAAUUAAAGAAAAGGCAUGUUAUCUUGCAAAUAAUCCUCAAAAGGAAGAAACUGUUGAAACUGAGAAGUACCAGUAUGUUCUGCCAGAUGGCAGCACUCUUGAAAUUGGUCCAGCUAGAUUUAGAGCACCAGAGGUUUUGUUCAGACCAGAUCUGAUUGGAGAAGAAUAUGAAGGACUCCAUGAGGUUCUCCUGUACUCAAUUCAGAAAUCUGAUCUAGAUUUACGUAAAGUACUCUUUCAGAAUAUCAUUUUGUCAGGCGGCUCAACAUUGUUUAAGGGAUUUGGAGACAGACUGUUAUCAGAAAUACGAAAAUUGGCACCAAAAGACAUAAAAAUUCGGAUAUCAGCACCACAAGAACGUUUGUACACAACAUGGAUUGGUGGUUCAAUUCUUGCCUCUCUUGACACUUUCAAGAAAAUGUGGGUAUCAAAAAGAGAGUAUGACGAAGAAGGUCACAGAGCAAUCCAUAGAAAGACUUUCUGAAGAGACCACUGCUGUUGGAAUUAUAAUAUACCAAUAUUGCGUAGGCUGGUACAGAGCAAUUAUGUUACCAGCCUUGAGAAAAUGUUGGACCACAAAACAGUAUAUGUCUGUUUAAGUGAUUAACUUGUUUGGUUGUAAUGUGGUAAAUGCAUUAAACUUUGCUUUAUAUUACAGUAAGAUGAUUUAAGAACUAUACUGCUGUAUUUUACAAGCCACUGUAGCUAUCAUGUGAUAACAUUCAGAUGUAUAAUUUAUUGCUAAAGUCUGUCUGAGCUUUAUUAUACAAAUGUGCAAGGUAUUGAAUUCUUAGUUUCUUUUUAAAAAAAAAACAAAAAAGAAAAGAAAGAAAGGGUAAUGAAGAAAUACACAGGUUUGCUGACUCUUGUCGAUAUACAGAGUGUCAGUUUCUGGAUGUUGAGUUUCAAACGAAAUUGUUUUAACGGGAAACUUAAUGUGAGUAUCACUGUCAGAAAUGUGUUAAGUUUCAAUAAUGUAACUCAAAUUUGAUCUCAUCCUUCACACAGAAAAGGCUAAAGUAACUAAUGUGCAUAUUUAAUUUCAUUUGAAGCAAUAAGAUAUAUGUCACUAGGCAAUAGCAGGUCUUUAUUGCAUAAUUAUUUAUUGUUGUAUUGUUAUAUUAUGAAAUUUUAAUGGUUGUAAUCUCACGGAAAGUUGAGAGAGAGGCUAUUCUAUUGAUGUGUACAUUAUUUAUUUGUAAUUUCCUCUUGAAUAAUUUAAAAUUAUGUUGCAACAGUAUUGGCAGCUAACUUACAGAAUUAUGGUGGAAUGCACUCAAACUGCUAGUGUGUGUAAUGUGUAGAUGUGAAGAGCAUUUGAGUUGUAGAAAUAAUGGUUUGUAAUGUUAUUUGUGUAAUAGUUAGUGGCUUUGAAUAUACAAUCAGUGCGACAACCAUUACUAUCUUUUGUUAUAAGUGGGGCAGCAGUAUGUCAUAACCAGAUAACAUUUGCUAUGUGCCAGAAUUUGUGCAGGUAAUUUAUAAAUUUGUAAAAAAAAAACUGUCAUCAAUGAGGAAAUAUAUUACAAUUUAUCUGUUGUUUCUGUGCAGUGGUACCAUAGGAGGAGGCUUGAGG